AUGGGCAAAGAAUUGCGAUUCGACGAUAAAGUGGUAGUCAUCACUGGAGCCGGUGGUGGUCUUGGUAAGGCCUAUGCUCUUUUCUUUGGAGCUAGAGGUGCUUCAGUAGUUGUUAACGAUUUGGGUGGUUCUUUGAAAGGAGAAACUGAUGGAGAUGCCACUGGAAAGCGUGUUGCUGAUGGUGUAGUCGACGAGAUUAUUAAACUCGGUGGUAAAGCAGUUGCUAAUUACGAUUCUGUCGAGUUUGGUGAUAAAAUUGUCGAGACUGCUAUUAAGGCUUUUGGCACUGUUCAUAUUGUUAUUAACAAUGCUGGUAUUCUAAGGGAUGUUUCUUUCAAGAACAUGAAAGAUCAAGAUUUCAAAUUAGUUCAAUUGGUGCAUGUUUACGGUUCUUACAAGGUGGCCAAAGCUGCUUGGCCCCAUAUGAGAAAGCAAAAGUUCGGUAGAAUCAUUAAUACUGCCUCUGCUGCUGGUUUAUAUGGUAAUUUUGGACAAACCAAUUACUCAGCUGCUAAAUUGGCUUUGGUCGGUUUUACCGAGACUUUGGCCAAAGAAGGUGCUAAAUACAAUAUUACUGCUAAUGCCAUUGUCCCAAUAGCAGCCAGUCGUAUGACUGAGACCAUUUUGCCUCCAGAUGUCUUGGACAAGCUCAAGCCUGAAUAUGUUGUUCCUGUUGUUGGAUACUUGGUUCACGAAAACACUAAAGAUACCUGGGGUAUCUACGAGGUUGGUGCUGGUGCCGUGACCAAACUCAGAUGGCAACGUGCCAAGGGUGCUCUUUUCAAGGGCGACGACAGCUUUACCCCUUCGGCUGUUCUUAAGAAAUGGGACGAGAUUAACGACUUUUCAGCUGGUUCUGAAUUCCCUAAUGGAUCCAAGGAUUUGUUAGCUAUUGCCGAGUCGUCUCCUAAGCUUCCUCCCAAUGCUCAAGGUGAGCCUGUCGAAUUUAAAGACAAGGUUGUUAUUGUCACUGGUGGUGGUGCUGGUAUUGGUAGAGCCUACUCACUUCUUUUGGCCAAACUUGGUGCUAAGGUUGUUGUUAAUGAUUUGGGUAACCCUCAAGCUGUUGUUGACGAGAUCAAGGCUGCUGGUGGUAUUGCCGUUGCUGAUAAACACUCUGUUACCGAUGGUCCUGCCGUGGUCAAGACUGCUAUUGAUGCCUUUGGCGCUGUUCAUGUUGUUAUCAACAAUGCUGGUAUCAUUAGAGACAAGUCGUUUGCCAACAUUAGCGAUCAAGAAUGGAACAUUAUUCAAGACGUCCAUCUUUUCGGUACUUACAGCGUCACCAAGGCUGCUUGGCCAUAUCUGUUGAAGCAAAAGUACGGUCGUGUUAUCAACACUGCCAGUACCUCUGGUAUCUACGGUAACUUUGGUCAAUCCAACUAUGCUGCUGCUAAGUUGGGUAUUCUCGGUUUCUCGAGAGCUUUGGCUUUGGAGGGUCAAAAGUACAAUAUUCUUGUCAACACUAUUGCUCCUACUGCCGGUACGAAUAUGACGUCCAGUGUUUUCACUGAGGAGAUGCUGGAGCAAUUCAAGCCUCAAUAUAUUGCUCCUUUGGUCGGUUUGUUGGCUUCUGAUAAGGCCCCUGUUACUGGUCAUUUGUUUGAGACCGGUGCUGGCUGGAUUGCCCGUACCAGAUGGCAGAGAACUGGUGGUCAUGCUUUCAACGUUUCAAAUGGCUUGCCCAUUGAGUCUGUUGCUGCUAAGUGGGAAAAGAUCACUAACUUUGACGACGGCCGUGCUACCUACCCAGAGAAUGCCUCUGAGAGUAAUGCUGGUUUAUUUGAACUUGCUGCUGAAGCUGAGUCUCUUGACCCCGAACCUUCUCCUGCUCCUAAGGAUAUUGGUGUCUACGAGUACGACGACAAGAAGAUUAUUCUUUACAAUUUGGGUGUUGGAGCUGGUGCCAAGGAUCUCAAGUACACUUAUGAAGGAGACGACGAUUUCGGACCCGUUCCAUCGUUUGGUGUUAUUCCCUCGUUCACUGUCCAUGCUCCUCUUAACGACCUGGUGCCUAACUUCAACCCUAUGAUGCUGCUCCACGGUGAACAAUUCCUCGAGAUCAAGAAGUGGCCCAUUCCUCCUGCCACCACCUUGUUGACCGAGUUGAACGUUCUCGACGUCAUUGACAAGGGCAAGGCUGCUAUUGUGACCACCGAGACUGUUUCCCGCGAUAAGGAGACCGGCGAUGCUAUUUUCUACAAUGUCUCGUCUGUGUUCAUUCGUGGAUCCGGUGGUUUCGGUGGUAAGACCAAGGCUGAGGACCGUGGUCCAAUCACUGCUGCCAACAAACCACCAUCCAGAGCUCCCGACUUCGAGGCCUCGUACAAGACGAGUGUCGACCAAGCUGCUAUUUACAGACUGUCUGGCGACUUCAACCCACUUCACAUCGACCCCGACUUUGCUGCUGUCGGCAACUUCCCCCAACCUAUCCUGCACGGUUUGGCCACUAUGGGUAUCUCGUCGCGUCUCCUUGUCGAGAAGUUCGGUGUGUUCAAGAACAUCAAGGUCCGAUUCACCGGUCACGUCUUCCCUGGCGAGACCCUCAAGGUCGUCGGCUGGAAGGAGGGCAACAAGGUCAUCUUCGAGACUAGAGUCGUUGAGCGUGGCACGACUGCCAUCUCUGCUGCCGCCAUCGAACUGCUUUCCAAUGGCCAACCCAAGUUAUAA